UUUUAUGUACGUCAUUCAUAGGAAGAAUAGAUUGGAGUUGGAUUCGGUUGGAAUUAGCGAAGGUUAACGUUUGAUUCCCGGUUUAGAGUGUAUCUAACUUCUUUAUAAAUUAUAAAAUGGCUCUGUUUAGAAUACUUGGAAGCAGAAUUGUUAUACAAUCACAGGUUAUUGUUCCAGUUUCUAUUCUAAAUAGAAAUAUUUCCGAUUCUACGGAUUUAAAAGGAAUUUUGGCAAAUAAAAUAAUUGAACACCAAAAACGGGUGAAGAAAUUUCGAGAAGAAUAUGGUGAUAAAGUGAUUGGUGAAAUAACAGUUAGUCAGGUGAAUUUUAUUUCUUUUUUUUUCUUUUCUUUAUCUAAUAAUAAAAUUAUCAUCUUUUUAGCCUUGAGAACUAUUUUUGUUCUAAUAAAAUUUAAUUAUAUUGAA